AUGGGGGGGCGUGUUGCGUGGGUGCCGGACUGGGGGUGUUUUGGGUGGGUGGUGCGGGUGGGCGGGGUGGCCCUGCGAAGAGGGGGGGUCGUCAUAGCCCGUUUGUCGGGUCGUUGGGAUGGGUGGGGUUUUGGGGGGGGUCGGUGGGGUCUUUUGUUGGUGCCUGCUGGAGGUCGGGGGUGGGUGAUUUCACCUGGCCCGCCGGGGUGCGCCGGGGAGGUGGGUUGGGGGGGUGGGGGUUUUGUGUGGGGGUCGGGUUUCGGGGGGCCCGACGUUUUGACUGUUUUUUUGCGUUGGGGGCGUGGGGGGCGGCGGGUGAUGGGCGAGAAGGGUUCCGUGAGGGGGAUGGGGGGCGGCGGACUGUUGCGGUGUUUUGUUUCUGGUCACGUAUGGGGGGGGGAUGGUGUUUACGGGGACCGGUUCGAUGGUCGGGGCGUGUCUUUGUUUUCUUGGGCGGACGGGUGCGGGUGGGUGUGGUACGGAGGCCCGGCGUGGGUGGUUGGCGACUGCUUUCCCUUUGUGCUACUGUUUUGGUCGGAGCUGGUUUCGCUCUUUUUGGUUGUCUUGGUUGUUUGGCCGUUGUUUGUGGAGUUGGGGUUGGCUGGUGGGAGCUGUGUUUAG